AUGGCUUCCUCCUCAUCCAGUCUCGGCGUCAGUCUCUUGUCACGGCAUCAAGUGUUCAUCAGCUUCCGAGGAGGUGAGCUGCGUAGGAGCUUCAUUGGUUUCCUCACUGGUGCCUUGAGGCAGCAUGGGGUCAACUUCUUCAUAGAUGAACACGAAAAGAGAGGCGAAGACCUUGAAAAGCUUUUCAUGAGGAUCGAAGAGUCGAGCAUCGCACUGGUUAUAUUCUCCAAGAGGUACUCAGAAUCAAUGUGGUGCUUAGAUGAGCUUGUGAAGAUCGAAGAACGAGUGGACAAAGGCCAACUCGUGGUCGUUCCCAUCUUCUAUAAGCUGGAAGCGUCCGACGUGAGAGAGCUUAAACAAGAGUUUGGUACUAACUUCAAGGUUCAGGCUUGGAAACGUGAGAAACUCAGAGUCUUAAACUGGGAGAAAGCUAUGGUGUCUAUUUCUGGAAAGACGGGGUUGAAGUUGGAAGAGCACGGGGAUGAGUAUUUAUUCAUCGUCUCAAUCAUUGAGAAGGUGAAGGAAGUGCUACACAAACUUUUGUCCGAGGAACUAGGAAGCACACAAAGAGAAGACCUUGAUGAACCUCUAUUUGGAAUCGAACAACGCCUCAAGCAAUUAGAAGAGAAGUUAGAGUUCGAGCAAGACAAUACCUGUAUUGUUGGAGUUGUUGGUAUGCCUGGGAUAGGCAAAACCGUUCUUGCGAAACGGAUUUACGACAAGUGGGUACCAAAGUUUGGAAGCAGCAUGUGCUUAACAGAAGUAAGCAAGAUGUUAAGGAUACAUGGGCUUGAUUCAUUGCGAAAGAGGCUGUUGGGAGAACUACUGAAAGACACUCAUCCCAACAUAGAAUAUGCAGUGAAUUCACAUGACUUUUGGAAGGACGAGUUACUCAAAAGGAAAGUUUUUAUUGUUCUUGAUGACGUUAAUGGAAUGAGACAGAUUGAAUCACUUCUUGGUAACACAGACUGGAUUAAGGAAGGAAGCAAGAUCGUUAUCACAACAAGCGAUGAGUCAUUGCUCCGGGAUUUAGUCAGCGAUUUUUAUGAAGUCCCCAGAUUGAACGACGCAGACAGUUUAAAGUACUUCAGUUAUCAUGUCUCCGAUCGCAACAUUUGUGCUCUCGAGGGAGAGUUCAAGAAGCUUUCUAAAAGGUUCCUGGAUUACGCGAAAGGUAACCCAUUAGUUCUCAAGGCAUUGGGUGUGGAACUUUGUGGCAAAGAGGAAGCUUACUGGGAACAGAGAGUGGAAACACUUGCUCAAAUUUCCAAUAAGAUGAUCCAAGAUGUCUUGCGUCGAAGAUAUGAUGAACUCAGUGAGAAUCAGAAAGAUGCGUUUCUUGACAUUGCUUGUUUUUUCAGAUCAGAGUCUCUGAGAUAUGUAAAACAAUUGUUGGAUUUGCGUAUCUCCGAGUUCACUGAGGCUUGGGGUGUAAUGGAUGAGCUCAAGUAUAGGUUCCUCGCUAAAUAUUCUGGCGAUCAAGUAGAGAUGGAUGAUGUACUGUAUACGUUUGGUAAGGAACUUGCUGGACAAGCAACUUUUGACAACAAAGGAGCUCAAUGCAGGCUGUGGAACCACCAGGACAUCAUUCGUGUGCUGGAGAACAACUCGGAAAUGGAGAGGGUUAGGGGUUUGUUCUUAGACAUGUCUGAAGUCAAGGAGAAAAUGAGCUUUGAUACUAACACCUUCAACGGUAUGUGCAAUCUUCGAUACCUCAAGAUCUACAGUUCUGAUUGUCCUCGGGGAUGCAAUGGUAACCGGGUAAUAGAAGCUCCAGAGGAGCUUCAGUUCACAUUAAAUGAAUUGCGGUGUCUUGACUGGCUGAGAUUCCCAUUGGAGAAACUUCCAUCAGACUUCAACGCAAAGAAUCUUGUAUAUCUUAGCUUGCCUUACAGCUCCAUUAGACAGAUCUGGGAGGGUGUUAAGGAUACACCAAACCUUAAGUGGGUUGAUCUCAGUCACUCCCAUGAGUUGAGUGAUCUGUCAGGGUUGUCAAAUGCUCAAAAUCUCGAAAGAUUGAACCUUGAAGGCUGCACAAGUUUGGUUAGUUUGCCGAAAUAUAUGGAAAAUAUGAAGAGUCUUCUUUAUUUAAACAUGAGGCAAUGCAAGCGUCUCCGAAGUCUUCCAAAUACGGACGUGAGCUCUUUGAAAAUUCUCAUCCUCAGUGGCUGCUCCGAACUUCAGGAAUUUGAGGUGAUAUCAGAAAAUCUAGAAACACUGUACUUAGAUGGUACUAAACUAAAGGGACUUCCUCCAGCCAUUGGGAAUCUCCAGAGACUUGCCUUGUUAAAUUUAAAAGGUUGUAAAAUGCUAGAGCAUCUUCCUGAUUCUCUUGGAAAGCUGAUAGCUCUUGAAGACCUUAUUCUCUCUGGUUGUUCAAAGCUCCAGAGUUUUCCAAUGGACACAGAAGACAUGAGAUGUUUGCGAAUCUUACUGGUUGAUGGCACAAGAGUAAAAGAGCUUCCUACGAUAUUUCACUUCCGCUGCUCACUGCGGCGUUUAUGCUUAAGUGGGAAUAGCAUGAUCACCGACCUAGAAGAUGAUGUCAGGCAACUUUAUCAUCUGAAGUGGCUUGACUUAAAGCAUUGUGUCAAUCUCAAACGUCUUCCCACUCUUCCUCCAAAGAUUGAGUUCGUAGACGCACAUGGAUGUCACAGGCUGUCUCGUGUUGCAGACCCACUGGCCAUAUGUUUAAUGACUGAGCAGAUCCCUUCUACAUUCAUUUUCACUGACUGUAACAAUCUGGGAGAAGCUGCAAAGGAAAUAAUUGUAGCCUACGCCAAAUGGAAAUGCCAACUACAUGCAUUGGAAUGCUACUAUGCGGGUUUAGUUUCAGGGGUUCUGAAUUUGGUCAACACAUGCUUUCCUGGAUGUGAUGUCCCCAUGUGGUUCCAUCACCAAGCUGUUGGGCCAGUGCUAGAGCCAAAGCUGCAACCACAUUGGUACGACAAAAAUCUUUCUGGUAUACUACUGUGUGCUGUUAUCUCGUUUCAGGACGAACAAAACCAAAGCAACUGUUUCUCAGUGAAAUGUGCUUUAAAGUUGAAAGACGAAGACAGUUCUUGCAUCAGUAUUAAAUGCAACGUUGGAAAUUGGACUGAAUCCGGAAGGAUUGAAUCAGACCAUGUCUUUAUGGCUUACUCCAGUUUCUCAAACAUCGCAAAACGUCUGGAGUCCCAGUACUCGGGUAAGUGUAUAAUACCCAUAGAAACAACACUUAAGUUCUAUGUGACAGAUGGUACAUGUGAAGUGGUGAAGUGCGGGUUUAGUUUCGUAUAUGCGGAACCAGAUAAGCUCCCCUUUAGAGAAAAUUCUUUUGAUCUUCUUUAA